UAAUGAUUUUGCAGCUCAUAGGAUCGCCACUGAAAUCACGUACCAUGACAAUCCGCAUGUGCCAAAUGCCUUCCUUGCUCUAUUCUACAAAUGAAUAUUCAUGAGCCUACUCCUUGCGAUAAUAAUGACAAUGUAAACUUUGGAUACCAGGUUUCUGCCUUUUUCGAAACGAAGAAAAUGUAUUAAUUAGUUUCCUUUUGUUAAUUGGGAAACACCUCAUCAAUAGUUUGUCUUUAUAUAAAAUACCCACGUGAUCAAUUGGAUAUUUACGUCAUUCCUCCAUGUCUAUAUAACAUUUUCAGCUACUUCCUCCUUGUUUAUUUCCACAGCGUAGUGUAGUAUUGGGAGGUCACACUUUGUACCACUGUAGGCGUAGUGUAGUAUUGGGAGGUCACACUUUGUACCACUGUAGGAUUAUUUUCAUCUAAUCCUAUUCCAUUGAUAUGAUGAACUACACUAACCAAGGAGUUGGUUACCUAGAUGGAUAUGCUGGAGGCUUUCAUCCGCAAGGGGUGAUGUCACAGAUGAGUAUGCUGACCCGUGCAUCAGCACCUUCAUAUGGGCAGUCUGGCCUUGGAGUAACAGAUGCCGGACUUGAGGCAGAUUUCUGCGGACUCCUGGCUCCCAUUUUCCAGAGGGCUAACCUAAAAGAGUUCAAAAUGGCUCUGGCACAAUCUCUCCAAAGAUUCGAGAGAAGCAUGCAGUCUCACAAUUCACUGGCAAUGACUUCUACUGUGUGUAGUUUGACUUACAGUACUAAUAAACAGUCUGGGCAGAUAUUCCCCCCAGGUAUCCGUGUGGACCCACUUGCGGCUUACUGUAAUGAUGUGCUGUCUACCUUUUAUAAGCUUCAUCCGUGUGCCCCCGUAUCUCUAGCCUGUGAUAUUGGCGAUGGUCGUCUGAACGUUCUUCUACAGAAUAGCGGCAUCCCAUUGGCUUCUUACAGGGCAGAGGAGGCGACCUUUCAGUUCUGUCAGGUAUAUGCCACUAAUCUGCUGCGCUACCUAAACAAAUGUCUGCAGCUAUUAAUCCCCCCUGCUACACUGGCUCAGAUUCUCUGUGUGACCCUGACAGACCUUGAUAAGAUGAAACAGGAACAGAACCGUCAAGCACUUAUUGUCGAUAUUGGAAGCAGCUGGGAUUUUAUAUUAAAAGGAGAAUUUUCCGAACCUUACUUCCAGGAGUUGGCCAAUUAUAUUGCGGAAGAGAGAUCCAAAGGGGCGAUCUACCCGCUAACUCAUCAAGUGUUCCCGCCAGCUCAUCAAGUGUUCUCCUGGACUCAGUUCUGCACUCCGGAAUCUGUGAAGGUGGUUAUAUUGGGACAGGACCCAUAUCACGAACCAAACCAAGCUCAUGGUCUGUGUUUCAGCGUACAAACAGGGGCGAAGAUUCCACCAAGCUUAGAGAACAUUUAUAAGGAGUUGAAAAAUGACAUAGAGGGAUUCCAACAUCCUGGUCACGGCUGCCUGAUUGGCUGGGCCGCACAAGGUGUGCUGUUGUUAAACUCAUGUCUGACGGUGGGGCAUGGCCAAGCCAACUCCCACAGAAACAGAGGCUGGGAGAAAUUCACAGAUGCUGUCAUAUCAUGGCUCAACAAAAACAGGACAGGACUGGUGUUCAUACUGUGGGGGUCAUACGCACAGAAAAAGGGAUUGUGUAUAGACAAGAUGAAGCACUGUGUUCUACAAGGGGUCCAUCCUUCACCACUGUCAGCUUAUCGAGGCUUCUAUGGUUGCAAUCACUUCUCCAUGUGUAAUGCCGUCCUUGAAGCGAAUGGAAAGACUCCCAUAGACUGGACCUGGCUGCCCCAACAGUACUAGUUGAAAAUAAAUCAUUGUUAUUUUA